CAGGUUGCCCACUCUGACAGCAGAGAAGUCCAUGACCCUAAACUAAUACAGCGAUGGACAGGAAAAGUGCCAAUGGCUACCCUAAGGCCGGAGGAGAGAGUGGAGGUGGGGGUCAUAAGAAGCAGCUGCCCUACUCCGUAGAGACCCCCUACGGCUUCCACCUGGACCUCGACUUCCUCAAAUAUGUGGACGACAUCGAGAAAGGCAACACCAUCAAGCGGGUGCACAUCCAGCGCAAGGCCAGGGGACCUCCUAAGUUCAGCACCCUGCCCAGGAACUUCAGCCUGCCUGGGCAUGGGGCACGAUCGGCCCCCAAGGACACCUGGUCUUCCACCUCUACUCUGGGACCCAAGCCCCGGGGCAGAGUCACAGAGGUCCAGCAGUUCUUGGAUUUUAGAGCCAGUGAUGGAGGCAGUGGUAUGGCGGGGGGGCAGAGCCAGAGCAGCAGGGCGCAGGGGAGUGUCUUAUCCCCGGCCAGGCCCAGGGAGGAGGCAGGGGCUGGGGUGUCAGCCGAGAAGCCCCUGGGGAGGCCCAACCUCCUCCGGACGUCCAGCAUGCCCAUUACCAUCCCUCACAGGAAGGCCUCCGAGUCCGGGGACGAGAGAACCGAGAACGGCUCAUCUGAGAACGUAUUCCGCGCUGUGCCCCAGGACCGGUCGGGGCUGCACCAGCAGAUCACCGCGGCCCUGAAGAGGGUCAGAGAGCUGGAGGAUAUGGUGAGGACCAUCCCAGAGCUCAAGUCCCAGAUCUGCUCACUGAGGGAGGAGAGAGAGCAUCUGAUCCUCAGGCUGCAGGCCCAAACCAAGCCCCAGGCUCCACCCCCCCCACAACGUGCCUCGCCCUCUCCGGCUCCGAGCAUUGAUCCUCAGCCGCCGGGGUCUGGGGCAGUAGUUGAUACCYGGAGAGCAGAGAGCACUGCAUCAGAGACAGAAACACAACAGGAAUCCUUAAAAAGUACUGCACAAGAAGCAGAAGCAGAUAGGCUUUUAGCAGCACAGGCAUCAGAGGGACCAGACCGACAAAGAGAGGCAUUAGUGAAUCCAUUAGAGAAAACAGCAGAGCUAUCAGAGGACGUUACAGUACAGAAAGCACCAGAACCUUCAGAGAGAGGAGUGAUUGUGCAAGUCAUAGAGGGAGUCAGUGGUGAGGGGGAUCUCCUCAGCAUCGAACAGCUCCAGGCUAAGCUAGUAACACUAGAGGCUAAGUUAAGUCAGGCUAGUGAAGAGCUGGAGGAAACCAACAGUCUCCUCAGACAACAGGUAGAGGACAACAGGAUGAAGGAGGAGAGGAUACUUCAGUUAAGCGAGGGAGGGAGAGAAGGAAAGGAGGAGGUGUGUGGGGAGAGACAUACAAGUAGGAGGACCAGUGUGGACCAGCAGACAGAGACAGAGAGAGUGGUCAUUAUAAACCAAGGGACAGAGUCAGAGAGGGCUGAUAUGGUGGAGCAGGGGACUGAUACAGAGAGGAUAGUAAUAUGUUUAAUCAGAGAGAGAGCUAACAGUGUGGACCAGGGGACAGAGACGGAGAGAGUGGAAGCGGUGGACCAGGUGGACCAGGUGGACCAGGUGGACCAGGUGGACCAGGUGGCCGAGACAGAGAUGAUUAUUGAUUGUCCAGUCAGACCAAGGGGUAACAGUGUGGAUCAGGYGACAGAGACAGAGAGAGUGAACACUGUAAACCAGGUGACAGAGACAGAGAAAGUGGACACUGUAAACCAGGUGACAGAGACAGAGAAAGUGGACACUGUAAACCGGGUGACAGAGACGCCGCCUGGAGACAGAUUAGACCAGGGGACAGAGACACAGACAGUAGUCAGUGUGGACCAGAUGACAGACACAGCACCUGUACGUCCAGUGAGACCAGCAAGACACAGGGCUAACAGUGUGGACCAGAGUAAAGAGACACAAAUACAGGCAGGAGUCAGUGUAGACCAUGGGAAAGAGACAGCGGAUACUGUGAACCAGCUGACAGAGACACAGACAGCACCUGUACGUCCAGUGAGACCAGCAAGACACAGGGCUAACAGCGUGGACCAGGGGACAGAGACAGAGAGAGUGGGUACAGUGGACCAGGUGACAGAGACAGAGACAGCGCAGAGUGCAGACCAGCAAACAGAGACAGAGAGAGACAGAGGUGAGACUAGCAAUACCCCACAUAGAUCUAUAGAGAUAGAAAGUGCAGCUAUAGUAAGUGCAGCCAUAGAAAGUGCGGUCACAGAAAUUUCUGGAGCAGAAAUUGAGGUAGCAGAAAGUGCUGUCAAAAAUGGGGAUAUCACUGAGAGUGCAGUAACUGAAGAAGGUUUUGUGAUUAUAGAAUGUGUGGACACAGAAAGUAUGGUCACAGAGAAUGUGGUCACAGAAAAUGUUGACACAGAUAGUAUGGUAACAAAGAGACAAGAAGUGGUAGUAGAGAAUGCAGUUGAACAAAUUACAGUGACUGAAAGUGUGCUUAAACAGAGUACAACCACAGAGGGUACGGUCAUUGAGAGUGUGGUCACACAAGAUAAUGCAGUCACAGAAGAGAGUGUGGUCACACAAGAUAAUGCAGUAACAGAAGAGAGUGUGGUCACAGAAGACAAUGCAGUCACAGAAGAGAGUGUGGUCACAGAAGACAACGUGGUCACAGAAGAGAGUGUGGUCACAGAAGAGAGUGUGGUCACAGAAGAGAGUGUGGUCACAGAAGAGAAUGUGGUCACAGAAGAGAGUGUGGUCACAGAAGAGAGUGUGGUCACAGAAGAGAGUGUSGUCACAGAAGUCUCUUUCCCCUGUCUCUGUCCCUUGGUCCACACUGUUAGUGUGGUGAAAGAAACUCCCUUGGUAACAGAGAGCCCAAUAGCAGCACCCACCCCCUCUUCCAGCCAGACCCAGCCUCAACCGGGUCAGAAGGAGUCUGUGCAGCCCCAGGCACAGCCUCAGACCCAGGACCCUCGUCGGGGCUCCAACCCAGCAUUAGGCCAGGUAGUAACACGCCUCACAGGGCUGAUUAACGAGCAGUGGGCCCAGCUGGGUAGCAGCCAAGAGAAGCCGGACAAGCAGGAGACCUCCAGCKCCAGCACCCAGAAGCUUGCAGCCGGGCAGGGGAAGCCCGCUGUGGGGAAGCCUUCAACGGGCAAAUCAGCAGGGAAGUCAGGGCCGUCUAAGAUGAGCUCCAUCCAGAGCCAGCUGGUCAGCUCCCUCAGUGCCCUGUCUGCAUUCUACUCCCCUGGACAGAAGGCUGCUGCCAGCAAACAACAAGAAGAUAGAGUCCCCUACCACACAUAA